AUGAUCACCAUCUCUGCGCUUCGGCUUCUCCGGGCGUCGCUCUCACAACGCGGCUGCUUCAACUUCAGCCGCACCGCCCCCAGCGGCCCGUCAUACCACUUUGUCAUCGCAAAACACGGAGCUCGCCGGUCAUUCUCGAGUUACCUUGUCACUCCUCAAGAGCUUUCCGACGCCCUCAAAAAAAGCCCCCAAUCUCCCAACUCGUCUGAGCCCCGCGUAAUACCCCUUUGUGCUUCAUGGUUCCUUCCCAACGAUCCCAAAGGUCGCACAGGAAUACAGGUUUUCACCGAGAAGCGCAUCCCUAAGGCGCGUUUUUUCGACCUUGACAAGGUUAUCGACAAGCAUAGCCCAUACCCUCACAUGCUGCCGACCCCGAAACACUUUGCUGAGGCCAUGAGCGAGCUGGGCAUUCGGUAUGAGGAUAUUGUGGUUGUUUACGACAGCGCAGAGCUGGGAAUUUUCAGCGCCCCGCGUGUUGCUUGGACCAUGAGGGUGUUUGGGCAUCCCAAGGUGCAUAUCCUGAACAAUUUUAGGUUAUGGGUUGAGCAGGGUUUGCCUACAGAGUCGGGAAAUGUGUGGACGGUCGAGUGUGGGACCUAUCCCAUACCAGAAAUGGACGAAGAUCGGGUUGCCAGCUUUGAAGAGGUGAAAGAGAUUGCCGAAAAGCUCAAGGAAGGUGCGAAGGACGUCCAAAUACUGGAUGCCAGGUCGUACGGCCGGUGGUCUGGUCAGGCUCCAGAGCCAAGGCCAGGCCUUUCCUCUGGCCAUAUGCCAGGGUCUAUCAAUGUUCCAUUUGAUGCCGUCCUUGAUCCUGAGACCAAAGCAUUUCUCCCUCCAGAGCGGAUCAGAGAGGUGUUUAAAUCCAAGGGCGUUGACCCGGAGAAACCUAUCAUCAGCAGCUGUGGGACUGGAGUAACUGCCUGCGUCCUUGAAACAGCACUUAGAGUGUCAGAAUAUGGUUCUCCUGAAAAUAGAAAGGUAUACGACGGAAGCUGGACUGAAUGGGCACAAAGAGUCAGCCCUUCUGAAGAUCUCAUCCAAACCGAACAAUAG